CUCUUAUCAAAGCGAAAACAACGCAGCCUUAUUCAAAAUGUCAUUGAGGCAUUUCUCAUUUCCAUCCCAUUCAACAACCGAGGAAUUGGUUGACCUAGCAUCUAGAGAUGCUUCCCAAUCCGAACCGAAAACGACGGAUUUGAUCCGAGAAUCUGUUACUGUUCCAGUAAUUUCAGUGAGUGAAGUGAGCUUCAGCGAACAGGCACCUUCGGCGGGAUGGUCACAACCUGUAGAAAUAUCCCAAGACGACUCGUCUCGCCUGUGCAGGGAUGCCGCAUGUCAAACGGAAUUUGAAUGCCCUAUGUGUAAUCAAGCUCUAAGUCGAACUGAAAUUGCGGUUGAAAGUCGUUCGACACAAACUGCGCCAGAAACUCGUUCUGUGUUUACGCGAUCCUCCAGAUUUCUAUCCGCUCGCCAUGGAUGCUCCGAUCCUGCUCCUCCACCGGAUGACCCAUUUACAUUGGCCAGAGUUUCGUCCAAAGGCGAUUCUACUGCUGUGUUAUCAAGCAGGCGAGUACGCGGUCGUUUCCGCGGCCGGGGACGUGGCCGAGGCCGCGGGGCUGCACCAGCCAAUGCGGUCGUCCAGAACGCGUCGGAGCAAAAUCAACUAAACGGUGGAAGAGGUAGGCAAGACAGGAGGGCUGCUGGAUUUGAUACACUUUUGGCUCUACUUGAGUCGCGUCUCGGGGAGGCGGCUGGAAGGCCACCAGUACAAGAUGGUCAGCCUUCGACAGCGGCGGCAGCAGCAGCGGCGGCGGCGGCGCCACCACCGCCGUCAUCCUCGUCAACGGGAAGGGCGACUACGCUUUCUAACGUGACGAUCCCGCUUGAUCGACAACCAGAGAUGGGCGCUUCGAAUUCUUCAACAGAUGUCGCCGUUCAAGUUGUGGCUUACGAUGGAGAUAGCUCUUCAUCAAGCGACACGCUCUUUGGAGUUUCAGCACCAAAGAACCAAGCACCUGUGUUCAGAACAUCAUCGAGUCGUAUGGCAAAGUUACAGCAAAAUCUGUCCGCCAGAACAAAGACAACAACAACAACAACAACAACAACAAAUACAAGCGCAACUAGUGCAGCCGCACCGUCGACGCCUGCCGAUAUUCGCGGCUCCAGGUUUUCGAGUUUUCCAGCUGCGAGCAAUAUCUACGAGUCUACAAAUUCAAGCCGGGACGCAGUUAGCGGAACCCACGUAAAAACCUCGCCUCCUCCCCAUUACCCGCCGCUCACUGCGCUGGCAACUCCCAACCAACAGAAACGGGACAUCCCUUCAACGGUAGCUUCAUCUCUGCCUAUACCCACAAUAGCUGACUGGAUAACCAACAUUAAUCGGGGGCCCACAAGAAUCAGACGAGUUGGCGUGAGGGGCUUUCUCGACCGACUCCUGGGAAAAGAAAGUGUCGCCACGACUCUACAAAGAGGUCAGGCAGACGUGAAAAAUAGUUCGUUGGCACCAGCAAAUGCUCGAAAUAGCAACAGGUCAGCUUCAUCGGUAGCUCCAAUUGGUAGAGUGAAAAGUCCAGUGCUCGUCGCGGCUGGGGCUAGGACACGGUCCGAUAGCGACUCUACUCGCUAAUUCCAAUCACUCUGUAAGUAAGAGUGAUAGUUUCUUACAAAAUAGGAAAUGCCAUUUUUGGGAAACGCAAUACUUACCUACUUCGUGUUGCGGAAGAAUACGAAAGAUUGAUACGAAAAGCUCUUAGUUUAUGUGACCCUAGACCAUUCAACUAAACACAUAUUCAGGCAUCUAGUUUUAUCUACUUGCAGCGUUAGCAGUAAACUGGUUAGGUAACUGGAUAAGUUAUUCCUUGAGGACUGAAUAAUCAAUCAUUUCUAACGACUCAUCUAAUAAUUAGUUAAUAAAGAAAACUCUUACCGCUAAGGAAUGUUAUAGACUAGAGAUUAUUCAGUUUUCAACGAAAUGGGUCUAGAAAUCUAGGAAAAAGCAUUGGCUACGAAUGUUAACUCGAAACGAGCUUUUCGGCUUUGGGCCGAAGCAGUAUUGUGGAUGGACUGUAAUCCAUAAGACGACUUAAAAAAAAAGACACUGUAAUCUUAGUUUCUUUGCUAGUAUAGUCAAGGAGGAUCCCGCAAAACACACAAAUCUCCAUUAUUAAAGUAUCUGCCGACACCAUCUUCAUAGACAGAUUACUGGGCAGUCGUAACACGAAUGUUUAUUUAUGGCUAAAGUACGUCACACAUGCAGAACUUCGUGCUUCUAUAUAACGAAGAUUUUCCCCCGACGAGAUGAAAGCUCUCGUUUGAUGCACAUAUUUAGGGAUACGUAAUGAAAUAGGAAAUUCAUUCCGCAAUAUUUUCUCGGUUCUAUUACUGCUAUCAAAAUAGGUCGGGUCUAGUUAUGAAACAUUCCCCUGUUACGGCGGUAAAUAAACUCGGUUCUUGAGUAGUUCUUCCCGUGGCUCUCCUUACUCUCCGCUGUGCUCGCCAUAGUGUCUAGUGCCGUGUCAUUCAAAGGGAUUUCGGCUUCAAUCUGACCAUGAUUUCAAUUCUGCGUUUCCUGAAAGCACACUACACACGUGUGAAGCUUUUAUUUAUUUUUUUUUUUUAGGAUUUAUUUUACUAUCAUUGACGGACCCAUUUCUAAAAUUCACUCAAUAGGCUUGAGUAGCAA